GUAAUCAAUAUGUUUAAGAGAGGGCAAUCAAUAUUUUUAAGUGAGGCAUUUAAUAUGUAUACAGGGAAAGUUAAAGAACAAUCUGAGAUAUGUGUGAACUGUGGGACAUGGGCUGUUGAUGAACCAUACAUUGACAAGAAACGCCCAUUCACAGGAAACGUGUGCAUUUAUGGACGUUUUCUGUCUGGAAGAGGGUACCUCUAUUAUGUGAGGACAUACUGCCAAUUUGAGAAAAGGCACAAGAAUCUCAAUAUUCAUCUCCAAUCUUGCUUGAGAGAUUGCAAACCUCUUUCCAAGACUGUCAAAGACAAUGUGCUGAAAGUUACUAAGGCUUUAGGCUCCAAGAUGGACUUCAGCAAAGUUCAACUGAAUAUGUAA